GGGGGUUUCCGCUUCCGGCAGCGGGGCUGCAGCCUCGCUCUGAUCCUGUGGCUGGUGGCCGAGCCGUGUGUCUCCUCCUCCGCCGCCGCCAUAUUGUCUGUGUGAGGAGAGGGGAGAGCGGCCGACGCGGCUGCCGCUUCCACCACAGUUUGAAGAAAGCAGAUCUGUAACAAGGUCUGAUCCCCAGCUGCCUCUGAAUUCAGUGACUGCCAGAUCUCCCAACAUCAAGUCCAGCCUUGUCUGCCAACCUGUCUGACAUGUCGGGACCCGUGCCAAGCAGGGCCAGAGUUUACACAGAUGUUAAUACGCACAGACCCCGAGAGUACUGGGACUAUGAGUCACAUGUGGUGGAAUGGGGAAAUCAAGACGACUACCAAUUGGUUCGGAAAUUAGGCCGGGGUAAAUACAGUGAAGUAUUUGAAGCCAUCAACAUCACAAAUAAUGAAAAAGUUGUUGUUAAAAUCCUCAAGCCAGUAAAAAAGAAGAAAAUCAAGCGUGAAAUAAAGAUUUUGGAAAAUUUGCGAGGUGGUCCAAAUAUCAUCACAUUGGCAGACAUUGUAAAAGACCCUGUGUCACGAACCCCUGCCUUGGUUUUUGAACACGUAAACAACACAGACUUCAAGCAAUUAUACCAGACGUUAACAGACUAUGAUAUUCGGUUUUACAUGUAUGAGAUUCUGAAGGCCUUGGAUUAUUGUCACAGCAUGGGAAUUAUGCACAGAGAUGUGAAGCCUCAUAAUGUCAUGAUUGAUCAUGAACAUAGAAAGCUACGGCUAAUAGACUGGGGAUUGGCUGAAUUUUAUCAUCCUGGCCAAGAAUAUAAUGUUCGAGUUGCUUCCCGAUACUUCAAAGGUCCUGAGCUACUUGUAGACUAUCAAAUGUAUGAUUAUAGUUUGGAUAUGUGGAGCUUGGGUUGUAUGCUGGCAAGUAUGAUCUUUCGGAAGGAACCAUUUUUCCAUGGACAUGAUAAUUAUGAUCAGUUGGUCAGGAUAGCCAAAGUUCUGGGGACUGAAGAUUUAUAUGAUUAUAUUGACAAAUACAACAUUGAAUUAGAUCCACGUUUCAAUGAUAUCUUGGGCAGACAUUCCCGUAAGCGAUGGGAACGCUUUGUCCACAGUGAAAACCAGCACCUUGUCAGCCCAGAAGCCUUGGAUUUCCUAGAUAAGUUGCUUCGAUAUGACCACCAGUCACGGCUUACUGCAAGAGAGGCUAUGGAGCACCCCUAUUUCUAUACUGUUGUGAAGGACCAGGCUCGAAUGGGUUCAUCUAGCAUGGCAGGGGCCAGUACACCUGUCAGUAGCGCCAACAUGAUGUCAGGGAUUUCUUCAGUGCCAACCCCUUCACCCCUUGGACCUCUGGCAGGCUCACCAGUGAUUGCUACUGCCAACCCCUUGGGAUGCCUGUUCCAGCUGCCGCUGGCGCUCAACAAUAAUGGCCCCUUCUGUCUCCUGAUGCCUGAGCAGAAGUGGGAGAGUCUACUCUCUCCUUGAUGCAGCUUGCGCUUGGCCGGGAGGGGUGAAAUACUUCAGAAGCACCGUAUCGAACCGUUGCUUGUGGAUUUAUAGUAGUUCAGUCAUAAAAAAAAAAAUUACAAUAGGCUGAUUUUCUUUUUUUUUUUUUUCUUCCUUUUUUUUUUUUAACUUGAACUUUUCAUAACUCAGGGGAUUCCCUGAAAAAUAACUUGCAGGUGGAAUAUUUCAUGGACAGAUUUUUUUUUUUUCUUCCCUUCCAAAUUCAGUUUGUCAUCUCUAAAGAACAAAGAUAAACCAGCCUCAAUCCCAGCUGCUGCAUUUGGGUGGAGAUUUCUUCCCAUGCUUUCCAUUGCUCUCCCACCAUCCCACACUUGGGGCGGGGGUUACAUCUCAUGCUCUUCUCCAGAGAUUACAAAAAUGUAGCUUCUCAAAGGAGGUGGGAAGGAAGGGAGGACCCAACCUGUAAGAGCAGUGUACGACUUAUCACUUAUAUCACUUUGCUUCAGAAGUGCUUCAGUGGAGUUACCCUGGUGAAUCUAGUGGAACUAUGUUUUGGUUAAAUUGAAAUGCUGAAAAAUCUACCCAAAGUGCAGACAGAUUCUUGAAAACUUAUCUAUAAUAUGAAUCAUGUCUUAAUGACCUAAUCCUCAAUCCAACUCACAACUUUAGUUUCCAUUUAGUUUAAAAUGUUAAUACCUUCCCUCCCAGGCUUUUUACCUUGGUCCUCUCUCCUUUCAUCUCAACAUGCUUAUUGCUAGUAAAAGGGGGAAGGCAAAACAUUUUUCAGUUUUCUUUGACUUGACCAUUUUGACUUAAGUUAAUGAACACACCUUACUUCCUUUUGCAAAAGAAGCAAACAACUGUAUAGGUUUUAUGCUAGCAACUAAUUGAAGAAUGUGGCCACACCGAGUUUCAUUUGAGCUUUUUGCUUUUUCUUUUCUUCCUGCCUCCCCCCUCCCGUACAUGUCAUCCAGUGAGAAGACCUGCCCCAUGUCCUUGUACAUGUAUCUGAGAGGUAGAACCAGAGCCACUAUCUCCAGUGAAACUGAAAUGAUAGAUCUGUAAUUGUGAGAAAAAGAUAAACUCUUGUUACAGCCCUGCCACCCCUUGCUGUGUGUAUAUAUACAAUACUUUGUCCUUCAUAUGUGAAAGAUCCAGUGUUGGAAUUCUUUGGUGUAAAUAAACGUUUGGUUUUAUUUAUCAA